AUGGCCGUCUACACGUUCUACAUCUUCGACCGCCACACUGAAUGCGUCUACGUCAAAUCAUGGACACCGCCGACACAAGCCGCCGGGGCCUCCCCCGCGCCCGCCAUAUCUGCUGGCUCUGAUGACGCCAAGCUCGUCUUCGGAACCGUCUUUUCCCUCCGCAACAUGGCUCGCAAGCUCGGCGGCGACGACGAUGCCUUCAUCAGCUACCGAACGGGCCAGUACAAGCUUCAUUUCUACGAGACGCCCGCCAACCUUCGCUUUGUCAUGAUAACGGAUACCGCGUCGGCAAGCAUGCGGAAUGUGCUGCAUCAGAUUUAUAUCAACCUAUGGGUGGAAUAUGUGGUCAAGAACCCGCUUGCACCAGUCGAACACAAGGGAGGCGCCGGCAUAAAAAACGAACUCUUUGAGCGAGGGCUGGAUCAGUUCAUAAGGGGCAUGAUGUGA